UUGUACUUGCUCCCCCUAGAGGCAGAGAAAGAUUGCACCAGUGAGCAUAGCAUCCUCGGUUGGUUCUUUUAAACACGUGAAAUCAAGAUUCCCUUUUUACGAGAGGCACAUUGUGCAUUGUGUGUUUUGCGAAUGGAGCUAUUUAUUUUAGCCCGUAGUCUAAUGGGUGCUUAUUGGCGUACAUCGCUAAAUACACUUUUAGAGGUGUUUCCUACUUUGCUUUCUUGAACAGACCCCAGUUAGUGAGCACCCCGAUAUUGCUCAAGGGGAAUAAUGGCUGCUCAAGAGCCGUCUCCACCAUCUUCGCUGGAAGGAAACAAACCAGGCUUCCCAAAGAAAAUUUUGGCCAACAACCUGGAGGACAAACAUUUGUGUAAUUCUUGCCUAAAAAUCCUGCGAAGGCCCUUACAGGCGCAAUGUGGACACCGCUUUUGUUCGUUCUGUUUCAACCAAAUAGUGAGUUCUGGACCUGAGAAAUGCAAUGCUUGCCUUAAAGAAGACUUAUUCGAGGAACCCACCUCGAUUCUCAAACAAGGAGGCGCUUUUCCAGACAAUGCAGCUCGGAGAGAAGUUGAGGCCUUGGCAGCUGUUUGCCCCAAUGAAGGAUGCACAUGGACGGGGACUAUUAAAGAUUUUGAGGCCUGCCAUGAGGGCCACUGUGACUUUGCUAUCAUCUUGUGCCCUUCCUGCAAAGAGUUGAUGAGAGCCAACGAACAGGAACGUCAUGAUGAGCGAGAAUGUCCUGAGAGGACACUCAACUGCAAAUACUGUAAAGAACCAUUCCUUUUAAAGAACAUCAAGGCUCAUGAUGAAAUUUGCCCGAAGUACCCAAUGAUCUGUGAAGGUUGUGCAAAGAAAAAGAUACCCAGAGAAAAGUAUGUGGACCAUAUUAAGUUCUGCAGUAAAUUUAAAGCACCAUGCCGAUUUCAUGUUGUUGGCUGCGAUACGUCUGUGGAGAAGGAGAAGAUCCAUGAACAUGAGCGUCAAUGUUCGUACGAACACCUUAACCUGCUUCUGCAUUUCAUCAUGGGCAUCAAAGUGAGCCUGGAGAGCCUGCAGCCUCAGAGCCUGGAGGUAGCUGGCCACAAGCUACAGGAGCUCCACCAGUCCCUGAGAGAUUUAGAACUCAAAAUGAGCCAGCUUGGUGGAGGUGGGGCUGGGGCUUCCACCUCCAUCACACUACCCAGCACUGUGGGUGCCACCCUGGAGCUGCAGCUCCAAGGUGAAAAGACCAAGGUUGUUGAAUUGAGCCGACGCUGCCAAGAGCUGGAGCUAAAAAUCAAUACGUUCGAGAACAUCGUCUGUGUCCUCAACCGAGAGAUGGAACGCUCCUGCACCACCAUGGAAGCCUACAAUCGACAACACAGACUGGACCAGGACAAAAUUGAGAUUCUCAACAACAAGGUUCGUCAGCUGGAGAGAACUGUGAGUCUGCGGGACUUGUCCAUUGUAGAGAUGGAGGGGAAGAUGAGGGAGAUGUCCGCAGCUACAUAUGAUGGGAUCUUCGUGUGGAAGAUCUGCGAUUUUACAAAGAAGAGACAGGACGCUAUCGCUGGACGAGCUCCUGCUAUGUUCUCUCCUGCCUUUUAUACAAGUAAAUAUGGCUACAAGAUGUGCUUGCGUAUCUACCUAAAUGGUGACGGGACAGGAAGGGGGACCCAUUUAUCUUUGUUCUUUGUGGUGAUGAGAGGACACAGUGACGCACUCCUUAAGUGGCCUUUUAAUCAGAAGGUCACCCUAAUGCUGCUCGACCAGAACAACAGGGAGCACAUAAUCGAUGCUUUCCGGCCUGACAUCUCAUCCUCAUCCUUCCAGAGGCCUGUGAGUGAUAUGAACAUUGCCAGUGGCUGCCCGCUCUUCUGUCCGCUCUCCAAGCUGGAAUCUAAAAACACUUAUAUUCGCGAUGACACCAUCUUCAUCAAGGCCAUUGUAGACCUCACUGGGCUCUAGGUUUAAAACAGGCCUUUGCAUUACCUCUAAAUGACAUUUUUCUUUAGGGUCUGUUGAGUUUCGUUGUCAUCUGGCAAGAUACAGUAUAAGAGUUGGAAAUGUAACUGUCACUAUUUCUCAUAGUGUUCCAAUCAAAGACAGUGUUUUAAAAACAUUAGCACAAAUAUGAUUUACCACUUGUUGAGUCGACCAGUACUUAAUCAGUACCGUAUUUUCGCGACCAUAGGGCGCACCAUUAUAAAAGGCGCAGUCUCAGUUACGGGUGCUAUUUCUGUAUUUAACGUCUACAUACGGUGCACCGUAUUAUUGGGGGCAGGCAUGGUAAAACAUACGCUAGCUUAAAACAUACGGUAGCAUGCAUUCGCAUUGUUUUAAAAAGGCAGAAGGAACAAAGCGUAGCAAUGUUUUUUGAUCAAUCCUCAUCCACAAUUCCGUCAAAGUCCUCAUCUUCUCUGUCUGAAAUGAACAGCUGAGUUUGAUUGUACUUCAUUGAAGUAUUUAGCGAUGUUUUUUGAUCCAUCAAAGUCCUCAUCUUCUGUGCCUAAAAUGAACAACUCAGCAAGUUCUCCAAACACGCCAGGUUCUCUCUCCUCAUUUUCAGAGUCAGUUUUGUUGCCAUGCGGCUCCUCAGGAAUUAUUUUGCGAAAGCCCGAACAACAGUGCGAGGAGACAUGUUCGCCCAAGCAUCCACGGUUCAUUCACAUAUUGUGAUGUAACUCACUCAACGCUGCCUCACAGUUUUUGUAAAGCUGUGUUAGCCAUCGCUCCCAUGACGCUCGCAACUUCAACUGCAACUUUGAACGACUUUAUUACACCGAUGUCCAAUGAUUGGAGUUCCUUCGUCAAACCUCGCGGAAUGAUAGCAAGCUCCAAGUUCGUUUGCUGAACUUGGUUUUUCACAGCGGCUGUGAGACGGGCGCGCAUGGAGUCACAGAUCAACAAGGAUGGUGACGCGUGGAAAAAAAACAUCCGGUCUCUUUACGUACACCUCACUUAGCCAAUCUCAUUUUCUCCCCGUCCAUCCAGCCCUUUUGAUUUGCCUUAUUGAUGACUCCAGGUGGAAACUUUUCUUUAGGCAGCGCCUUCCUCUUGAAAAGGUGUCAGUUUCUGACCAUGAGCAUGGCAAGUUAGCGCUACAGUAAAAGCUGACUUCUCGACAGUGUGGUUCACCGGAAUGUCGAAAGUAAGCGUUACCUCAUCCGUCUUAGUGAUAUUGUUGGACUGCAUGUGUUUUAUUAGAGCGGAAGAUGGAACAUAAGGCGUCCAUUUUGGAGAAAAUGUAAGACUUUUAGGUGCGCCUUAUGGCCGUGAAAAUACGAUAACUGGUAGUUUUUUAAUUGACAAAUAUAAAUUAGCUAGUUAAUUAAAUGAAUACAGUGAAAUGACAUUGGGCCUGCUUCUUGUAGCAUAAUUGAAGCUCAUAACGUUAUUAAGAUUCAGCAAAGUCAGACCAAGAUUCACUCACUACAGCUCACAUUAACAACUGUUUGUUUCCUCCAGCCGAUGUGCUGUACAUAAUUCUCUACCAUAGGAUGCAAUGAAUUUUGAUGUAUUGAAGACCAAAACAGAUCACACCAACACAUGUGCUGUUCAUUUUUGCCCUCACUCUCACAAAAGAAUUGCAAUGUAGCUGCAUUAAUUUAGUUUAUUUGCAUUUAGGAGUAGUAUUAUGUUACCAGUCAUCAUUUUCAACACUUGAUUGCAGUGAUCACUUUGUGGUUGUGGAUUUUACUUGAAUUCCAUGAAUUCUGAGUGCAGUACUUUAGUCAUGAAUGUUGUGUAGUUUGUGUGGGCGUUUGAGUGCGUGUGUCAGAAAAUGAGUGUUUAGUUUUAUUUAUUCUUGAUUUCAGUAACAAUAGUAAUCCAGAUGGAUUGCUAAAUUCCAACAGAUUAAUUCAUUUUGACAGUUCCUAUUGGCAUAUUUUGCCAUUUAUGUACAAUGACCAUUUUACUAAUACAGUAACUAACUAUAUGUACUAACAACUAUUGUUAUCACUUGAAGUUAUUGUAUAUUCAAAAUGUACACAUACAUUAAGGUAAUUUGGGACUUCUAGGGAUCUUAUGUCUUUUACAUCUACUACAACAAUAUUUUAGUGUUUCAGUAUGAUCAAUCUCAAUGAAGGAGUAGGAACUCAAUGAUUGAUUGGCAUCAUUAAAAGUCUGUAUGUACAUAAAUGGACAUUGACAAACAGUUCUUGUAAUUUUUCUUUCCCAUUUUAAAGUAAAACAAAAACUCCCAAAUAAUUAAAGAAGUUGGAGCCCAACUCUCAUUCAAAGUCAGCCGAUAUAGACUCAGUUGUCAGUUGAAUAAAAUAAUGGAAGUGAAAGAAAUCCUGUUCGUCUCUGUGGUGAUUAUAUGGAAAACUUUGUAUUUGGACUGCACCGUUAAUAAUCUUUACAAAGAGAUACUGUAUAUGAACACGUAUUCAAAUGUAAACACAUGCUAUACAUCUGCAGUUAUUGGUGUGCUCAAAAACACAGUAGCUCCCAAAGCAGUUAAUGUGGAGCCAGUUCACUAAUGUCUUGUACCUUCAUGAAUGAUGUUUCAGUGUGUUGACUGAAAAGGAGUUUGUCAGUUAAAUGAAUGCUUGCUGCAGUGUUGGUGUCUGAAUAGCUAUCGGAUAUGAAGUUAUUAAAUGUUCUUUCAAUCA